GCCUUUCUGGACGCCGUUUCGUCUUUUUGCCAAACGUCCAGUCCCGUCACCGCCAAUCCGCUGCCACUUCUCCUUGAGCCAGCUGCCACUCUCAUCCAAGUAACACAAUCAACCACCACCCCUCCCUCUGCCUCUCCGGCCAAACCCGCCUGCAGGAUUCGAGAACCGAAGAACCUCUGUUCCCUCUUGUCCCAUAUAACUUUCUCUUUGUCUCCAACUUCUCCCGCUCAUACCCGGAUCCGAGUCUCCACAAAAGGGACCCCUUCCUCCCCGUCCCUCCGCUGCCGCCGUCCGCCUAGCCUUUCCGAUCCCGACCUUCCGUCAGCUCCUAAAAAUGUCCGGCCUCGACGCCCCCGAAAUUGCCGCGGCCUACGAUGCCGUCCGCUCCGACAAGGACGAGACGAGCUGGCUCCUCAUCUCCUACGCCAGCGCCGUCGGCAACAAGAUGACCCUCACGAAGACGGGCACCGGCGGCAUUUCCGAGCUGGCCUCGGAGCUGGACGACUCACAGGUCCAGUACGCCUACGUCCGCGUCGAGUAUGCCAAUGACGUCGAGAGCAAGCGCGUCAAGUUCGCCUUUGUCAUUUGGAUCGGCCAGAACACAAAGAUUAUGCGUAAGGCCCGCGUUAGCAUCGAGAGCAGCGAGGUCAAGAGGGUGCUGCCGCACCACAGCAUAACGGUCAACGCCGACCAUAAGGGCGAAUUGGAUGAGGACGAUAUCGUUAAGCGGUUGCGCAAGGCUGGCGGCGCUGACUACAACGGUGGACGCGGCUAGAUGUCAGGCAGGCUCAACCAGCGACAAACAUCCUUUUUCGAGACCAAGGGAGCAACAAAAAACGCACGCAUAUAUUUCAAGGGGGAAUUCAGAGAGUGGCUAUGACCGGUGGGAUAUGAGCUACGAGUACAACGGUAUCUGGCCAGGCGGAGGCGCUUCAGGGAGCGGCAUGCAUACUCUUUUCAAAUACAGCAUACACCUUGGAUAAAUAUUUUGGGACCCAACACGGGGACCCGGCGCAAGCCGAAAGAAUCAAGGGACUUUUUCUUCUUAAGGAGGCCGUCUGCCAGUCCUUCCACCGAUUUCCAGCGAUACGCUAAAACCUAAUCAUACGUACCUAGGGCGAAGGAAUUAGGACGUCUGUACCCUCCCCGCAUGACAAGCUCUGGAAGGAAAUCCAUUUUACCUUCAUUACCGGGGUUCAGCUGCUGCCUUGUCUUGCCAUCCAAUCUCUUCCCAUCUUAUAUUGCCCUGUAUAAGCGUCCCUCAGUCGAACUCUG